CCCAGUCGCGCAGCGAUAUUUUAUCUCAGUCUCCACCAAGUUAUGACUCAAGACCUCGCCAGACAACAGAGCUCGUCUCGGUUCUGCGAAUGAUUUCUGGGUACAGACUGUAUCAGGUUGCUCUCUCGCUGUCGUUCCCUGUGUUUGAGCUUUUGCUGUAAUGCGUAAAGAUCUGCGAGGAUUUAUUCAGACGGAGUCAAGACAGCACCGUGGACGCGCGCUUCAGCAAAAAUGCAUCUGCGCAUUUCAAAUGAUCUAGUACCAUAGAUGAUGUGCGUGCGUAAGGACGUUUUUACAACUAACUCCAGGAUUAUAAAUACUUAAAAGUCAAACUUUGUCCAACUCAGUAUCCAACUUUCCACAGAACCAACAGGUGCGCUCUUGCAUUACGCAGCAGCGGCAGGUCAGGAAGCUUUGGAAGAGGAUUAGUCUUGAUUUAGAAAGUAAAAAAAUUUCACUUUCUCCGGGACUGAUGAUUAAGAUUAUGUGGAUUCUACUCUGCUUUUACCCUCUCCAAAUGUGUCCAAAGCAGCACUGGUGCCCUGUAAACGACGCAUGUGUGUGGUGAUACAAACCAUCCCGUCUCCAGCGUUUUGUGAUCGCCAACCACCACUCAUCCAAAUGAUCCUUCCAUUAUUAUUCCUUCUUGCAUCGCUUCUCCAACAAUAUGGAUCGGAAGCUGAAUCAAGUCCUGUCAGCAAAUUUCACCUUCCAAGUGUAAAGGAGCAAAACGGAGUGCAAGAUUCCCAUCAGGAGAAGAUCAUAACAGUGUCCGGAGAGGGCAUGGUCCACAGCCCAGACUUCCCACACACUUAUCCCAGGAAUACUGCGUUGGCCUGGAGACUAGUGGCACCCAGCAACAUGAAGAUCCAGCUCACCUUUGAUGAGAGGUUUGGUCUGGAGGACCCUGAAGAUGGCUUAUGCAAGUACGACUUUGUGGAGGUAGAGGAUCUGACUGAGAAGACCGUCCUGGGUCGUUGGUGCGGGUCACAGUCGGUACCAACUAGUCACACAUCCAAGGGCAGUCAGAUCAGGAUCCGCUUUGUCUCUGAUGAGUACUUUCCCUCUGAGCCAGGAUUCUGUAUCCACUACUCCCUCCUGGCUGAGAGUGUGUCAGAACCCGAAGUUCCUGUGGAUCUCCCUCCAGCCCUGCAUGGUAUUGAGGAGCUGUCAGAGGCUGUGGCAGGGCUGACCACUGUGGAGGAGGUCAUGAAGUACCUGGAGCCGGAGCGAUGGCAGGUGGAUAUGGAAGAGUUGUACAAACCUACAUGGCAUGUGCUGGGGAAAUCCUUCAUCCAGAACAAGAAAGCCAAAGGAGGGGCCGAUCUCAAUCUGUUGAGGGAGGAAGUUCGCCUGUACAGCUGCACUCCACGCAACUUCUCUGUGUCCUUGCGUGAAGAGCUGAAGAGGACAGAUGCCAUUUUCUGGCCCAGCUGCCUCCUGGUGAAGCGCUGUGGUGGAAACUGUGCCUGCUGCUCUCACCGCUGCUACGACUGUCAGUGUGUUCCCGCCAGAGUCACAAAGAAAUACCACGAGGUUCUGCUGUUGAAGCAUCGGAGCGGUGGGAGAGGCCUGCAGAAGUCAAUGACUGAUGUGCCCUUGGAGCACCAUGAGGAGUGUGCCUGUGUGUGUAAAGAUGACUGGGACUGACCUCAAACAUGUGUAAUCGCUGCCACUGGAAUCACACGGGAUGUUAAAAACGAACCUCUGCCACUGUUGCAACCAACGUUCUGUAUCUCAUCCACUUCCGCCAGGAGCUAACAAGAUUCUCCCUUCAUCCCUUUGUCCUUCCGCUAAUUGGAUGGAGCAGAACAGACUGGAAUCUAAUAAAACUUCUGAAUGGAUUUGACUGCUGUGGAAUACCAAUGGUGUGCUCUGAGUGCAUUUUAGAGAGACAAAAAUUCACUGGAGCAGAUCUGGACUAUUACCUAUGUGCUCUGAAGACCAGCUUCCUCAGCUCCUUGGAGAUAAGAGCAUUGAGGCAUUUUUUGCCUCUUCUUCUUUUUUAAAGCUCAGCCAGCGUUGGCUGAUAUUUUCAUGGAAAAUGGGAGCUUCUUUGUUCAAGUACUUUUUUCUUUUCUAUAAGUGAGCUGGUUCCAGCUGCCUUGCUCCCUCUGCUCCUCUAUUAUUACCAUCAAGAAAAAGGAAGGUGCUUUUUUAUGAGCAGUUUUCCCUUGCUCUCCUCUUGUUUUACCACAGAUUUAUUCAGCAGUAAAACACAGCAACAAUAUCGCUGAAAUGCCUCUCUAAUGAGACUGUAUUAUGUGUAAAUAUUUCAUUUGCAUUUCUUUCCUGUACUGUUGUGCCUUUUCUACCAAAGAUUCUCAAGGAGAAGAUAAAAGUUGCACAUGUUGAAACAGCUUGGUGUUCUUCAUGGCAACUCUUCAUUCGACCCAUCUUGGCAAUACCAGUGUCAAACCUGGUUGCUUCAGGAACGCCUAGUGUCAAGCAAUUCUGGCCACAUUUGAAUUUGUUCAUAUUAGAUAUUUAUUUGUUUAAUGAAAGGGAAAUUCUGGUCCAAAAUGUCUUGUUUGCAACAUUUGUCAGUGUGCAGUAGUAUUAGCCUGCAUUUUCAUUGUUAGUCAUUUUUACAUUUUCAUUGUGUCAUGGAUGUUUUCCAUUUUCUGUAAGUCAGUUAUUUAUCUCUACUUUUGCAACAAUUGUUU